UGACGGGCCGUCGUUCACCUGCUGGGAGUGUCCGUUGGGAGCCGCCGUGUUGUGAGGAGGACGGUGAGGCGCGACCGCCGCUGACCCGCCAUGGAGCUGCCGCCGCGGGCCGCGCUGCUCGGGAGCCUCCUGCUGUGCUGCGCAGCAACCUGGGACUUGGUAGAAUCUGAUUAUGAGAACUCCUCAUCUGAGAAGACGUUCCUCUGGCUGUCAUUUGAAGGUAGCUUUUGACUUCAGUUUUGCAGCAAGGCUGACAACUCAUCUUGAAACAAAUUUUACCUAAGACAGAAUGGUCUAACAAAAGGCCUAAAGAUAACUUCAACUGAGCAGCCUAUGGUUGAAAAAGCUCAAGGGGAGAAAGUUACAUUGCCAUGUACAUUCACUGUCUCACCAGAAGAUCAAGGCCCACUAGAUGUUGAAUGGGUCUUAAUACCAAUAGAUAAUCAAAAGAAGGAACAAACAAUCAUUAUGUACUCUGUAGACAGGAUUUAUAAUAAUUACUAUGAAGCUAUGAAUGGACGGGUACAGUUUACUAAUCCUGAUCCUAAAUCUGGUGACGGCUCCAUAGAUAUCCUGAAUCUAAAGUCAACAGACACGGGCACAUACCAGUGCAGAGUGAAGAAGGCUCCUGGAGUUGAAAGCCAAAAAAUACAGUUGACUGUGCUUGUAAAGCCAGCAAGGACUAAAUGCUACAUUGAAGGAUCACAGGAAACUGGAAGAGACCUUACCCUGAAAUGUGUAUCAGAAGAAGGCUCCCCACUCUUGUCCUACAACUGGAGAAAAUUAACUGGCACAGAGGAACUUCCGGCAACAUCAUUAUUGAAUAAAGAUACAGGUGAAUUGUCUCUGAAAAAUGCCUCUGAGGAGUACUCUGGUACAUACAAUUGUGUGGCUGCAAACAGAGUUGGCACUGAUGACUGUUUUGUUGUGCUAAAUGUCACUCCUCCUAUAAAUACAGCUGGCACAAUUGCCGGAGCAGUUAUUGGAACUCUUCUGGGUCUCUUUUUAUUGGCCUUUCUCGUCUUCUGUUGCUGUAAGAAACGUAAAGAGAAAAAAUAUGAAAAAGAAGUGCAUCAUGAUAUUAGAGAGGAUGUUCCUCCUCCAAAGAGUCGUAGUUCAACAGCACACAGCUAUAUAGGCAGCAAUCGUUCUUCCCUGGGUUCAAUGUCUCCCUCCAAUAUGGAAGGCUAUGCCAAGACACCAUAUAAUCAAGUACCAAGUGAAGACUUUGAACGUCGUUCUGGUCAAAACCCAAACUUUCCACCAUCAAAGGUAGCUGCACCUAAUCUAAGUAGAAUGGGAGCUGUCCCUGUGAUGAUUCCAGCACAAAGCAAGGAUGGGUCCAUAGUAUAGAAUGGUGCUAAUUUAUGCUUUUUUUUUAAAUUAUUCUUUACAAAUAUUAAAAACAAAACAAAAAAACCUUGUUCCAGCCUACAUUUAAAAAGUGCACAAAAUUGUCCUUGAAGAAAACGAACAGUUAGUUUGAACAGCCAUCAUUUUUGCUUAUUAAUUUUGAACUGUUAUUAAAAUAUAUUAAUUAAAAGCUUCAGCAAAAGCAUUUAAGUUCCUAAUGAGAUAUGAAACAAUGAAGGUAUUUGAAUUUUAGAUGAAGAAACACCAUAUCAGCUAGAUGUGGAAUUCUGAAUAUGAAACACAACAUUGUGUAUUUUUGACAGUGAAAAGACAUUGCAACUGUACUCCAUGAAAUUAGAUUUCCAGAGACUUCACCCUCAAAAUUUGGAAUGACUUAAAUACUUUGACUCCUUGGCCAUUCUGUGAUAAUGGCCACAGUGGCUGAAGUACUUGAAUGAUCUAAAUAUUUUACUGAAAGUCUGUGGAAAUCUUUACCUUUCGUAAUGUGCUUUUUGGGGCAUCUUCUGAAUUGCUGAGAACUCGUAUAUCAUGGGCUACCAGUUGCAGUUACUUGAACCCGAUCAACUAAUAAACUUGAUUUUGGGAUUAAAUGCAACAAAUGGAAAUGCUACAGGAGACCUUGCAAGCUUUAUGAAACCCCAAUUUUAAGAGAAGCGCAUUUUAUUAUAGUCAUGCCAAGCAACCCAAAACUGUUCACUGGCAUUAAAGGGGCAUGAUCAAGUUUAUACCAACUUGUUACUCAUGGAACCUAGUCUUCCAAAACUUCAGAUCAACUGUUGUUUUCCCAUGAAAAAUGGAUAUGUGUUUGUGGACAAAUAGUUAAAUUAUGCAGGAUAGAUAUUUAUCUGUCUUAAGAUUUUCAGAACCUUGCUUUAGUUUUCUAAAUCUCACUUUAGGUUUUUAAAUCCAUAUUUUGAUUCCAAAGAGGUAAGCGCACACAAACUCCAUCUGGAUUUAAUGGGAAAAGAUGAGUGCUCAUCAGUUCGUAAAAUCUGCCCACUUAUUUUGGAAACUUAUUUUUGACCCUAGUGUAUAUACACAGUACAACAUUAGUCUGCUAUUUUAGGACAUUGUGUAAACAGUUUUUGUACAAAGAAUUUGUAAAAGGGGUAAAAGAGCUUGGUCCUCGGUGUCCCCAUUAAAAACAAACCAACCUCUAAAUAUUGGUACCAAACCCUUUAAUUACAUUUACUUUCUCAUAACAAAAAUAGAAUUUCAAAUAAUUUCUCCUCUUCAUGCACUGUGGUUAUCCAAAAUUGUAGAUAUAGAACUAAAAUUCAUUAUUUUGUUUUGUU